AAUUUGUUUUUCCUUCUAUUUCUAUCGAUAUGGUACAAAAAUCUUGAAAUUUUCUUGUACGCACUGUCACGAACUGAGUAACGGGACACUUAACUUAGCGUUAUCUUGUAUUUGCUGAUGUUAUGCCCCCGCGUUAGAAAACGGGCACACUGGUUUUUUGUUUACAUUAAACUUUGCGUUAAGAUUUCCCGCUAUGCCGGAAGAUUUGGAGCCUGGUGUCAUCCGGAAGCUGGACGAGGUGGUGGUGAACCGCAUAGCCGCCGGAGAGAUCAUUCAGCGACCCGCCAACGCUUUAAAAGAGCUGCUUGAAAAUAGUUUGGACGCCCAAUCGAGUCACAUCCAGGUGCAGGUAAAGGCCGGUGGACUAAAGCUGCUCCAAAUCCAGGACAAUGGCACUGGGAUACGGCGCGAAGAUCUGGCCAUCGUUUGCGAGCGGUUUACCACCUCCAAGUUAACCUGCUUCGAGGACUUGUCACAGAUAGCCACGUUUGGCUUCAGAGGGGAGGCUUUGGCCAGCAUUAGUCAUGUGGCGCACCUAAGCAUCCAGACCAAGACGGCGAAGGAAAAGUGCGGCUACAAGGCAACCUAUGCGGAUGGCAAACUCCAGGGUCUGCCGAAACCGUGUGCUGGAAACCAAGGUACCAUUAUUUGCAUAGAGGAUCUGUUCUACAACAUGCCGCAAAGAAGGCAGGCCCUCCGUUCGCCGGCCGAAGAGUUACAGAGAUUGUCUGAGGUCCUGGCUAGGUACGCUGUCCACAAUCCAAGUGUGGGUUUCACUCUUCGCAAGCAGGGAGAAACGCAACCUGCCCUGCGGACACCAGUGACCAGUUCCCGAUCCGAAAACAUCCGUAUCAUAUACGGGGCAGCAAUUUCCAAGGAGCUGCUGGGGUUUAGCCACCGCGAUGAGGUUUUCAAGUUCGAGGCCGAAUGCCUAAUCACCCAGGUUAACUAUUCAGCCAAAAAGAGCCAGAUGCUGCUGUUCAUCAACCAGCGACUAGUGGAGUCCCCGGCUCUCAAGACUGCCGUGGACUCGGUGUAUGCCACUUACCUGCCCCGUGGCCACCAUCCUUUCGUAUAUAUGAGCCUUACGCUGCCGCCCCAGAAUUUGGAUGUGAAUGUUCAUCCCACCAAACAUGAGGUGCAUUUUCUCUACCAGGAAGAGAUUGUGGAUCGCAUUAAGCAUCAGGUGGAAGCCCGACUUCUAGGCAGCAAUUCCACAAGGACGUUUUACAAACAGCUAAGGCUACCUGGAGCCCCCGACCUAGAUGAAACUCAGUCUGCUGAUAAGACGCAACGCAUCUAUCCCAAGGAGCUGGUGCGCACUGACGCCACUGAGCAAAAGCUAGAUAAGUUUCUGGCGCCUCUGGUCAAAAGUGAUUCUGGUGCAUCCUCCAGUUCCUCCCAGGAAGCCCCUCGUCUGCCAGAAGAGAGUUUUCGUGUAACUGCGGCAAAAAAAUCCCGAGAAGUGCGUUUAAGCAGCGUGCUCGACAUGAGACAGCGGGUGGAGAGGCAGUGCAGCGUUCAGCUUAGGAGCACACUCAAAAACUUGGUCUAUGUGGGCUGUGUGGAUGAAAAGCGAGCCUUGUUCCAGCAUGAAACGCACCUUUAUCUGUGCAACACAAGCUCUUUUAGUGAGGAACUGUUCUACCAACGGAUGAUUUACGAGUUUCAAAACUGCUCUGAAAUCAGAAUAGCUCCACCAUUGCCUCUCAAGAAUCUGCUGAUGCUGUCGCUGGAAAGUGAAGCCGCCGGAUGGACGCCCGAGGACGGGAAUAAGGGUGAACUAGCGGACAGUGCUGCGGAGAUUCUUCUGAAAAAGGCGCCAAUCAUGAGGGAGUAUUUCGGGUUGCGCAUCUCGGAGGAGGGAAUGCUCGAAAGUCUACCAAGUUUGCUGCACCAGUAUCGACCUUGUGUGACCCUCUUGCCCGUUUACCUACUCCGCUUGGCCACCGAAGUGGACUGGGAGCAGGAGGCACGGUGCUUCGAAACUUUCUGCAGGGAAACGGCUCGAUUUUACUCGCAAUUGGAUUGGCAGGAAGGUGCGAGUGCGGGGUAUUCCAAAUGGACAAUGGAACAUGUUCUCUUCCCAGCCUUUAAGAAAUAUCUUUUGCCACCACCACGUAUCAAGGAUCAGAUAUACGAGCUCACUAAUCUUCCCAAUCUGUACAAAGUAUUUGAGAGGUGCUAG